CUUGGUCAGUCAGACAUGGCGUAUUUUAAAAUCUUAAUCACAGCGAUACUCGAUUUGGGGAUCCACUGCGCCCUUGGGAGUGCAGCGGCAGUGGAUCUCGACCUUGAGAGAGCGACUACGGCCACGAACACCACUCGAGAUUGGUGGCAAGUGGCACAAUUCUAUCAGAUCUAUCCGCGCUCCUACAAGGACUCCGAUGGCGAUGGCAUUGGCGACCUGCAGGGUAUCAUCUCCAAGUUGGACUACCUAAAGGAGAUUGGAGUGACUGCCACCUGGCUUUCGCCCAUCUACAGUUCGCCCAUGGCGGACUUCGGAUACGAUAUUUCCGACUUCUUCGACAUUCAGCCGGAGUACGGCACAAUGGCCGACUUCGAUGAACUGAUCGCGGAGGCUAAAAAGCGGAACAUCAAGAUCAUCCUGGACUUUGUGCCGAACCACUCGAGCGAUGAAAACGUCUGGUUCCAGAAGUCGGUCAAGAGGGAGAAGGGCUAUGAGGACUAUUACAUGUGGCACGAUGGCUACUUGAAUGCCACUACCGGGAAAAGGGAACCACCGUCCAACUGGCUCCAAGCCUUCCGCGGAAGCGCCUGGGAGUGGAACGAUGAACGCCAGCAAUACUAUCUACACCAGUUCGCUUACUGGUUGGAUCGAGGUGUGGCUGGAUUCCGCAUGGACGCAGUGCCGUGGUGCUUUGAGGUCUUGCCAGACGCUGAUGGUCGGUAUCCCGACGAGCCGUUGAGUGGAUACACCGAUGAUCCGGAUGACUCCUCCUAUCUGAAGCACAUCUACACUCAGGAUCUGCGCGAAACGGUGGAGAUGGUUUUCUAGUGGCGCACUCUUAUGGACGAUUACCAGCGCAUCCACGGCGGUGACACGCGAGUUAUCAUGGUGGAGACCUAUUCCGGCCUGGACUAUGUGAUGCAGUUCUAUGGCAAUCGUACCACCAAGGGUGCUCAGAUGCCCUUUAACUUUCAGUUCAUUAUUGGCGGCAAUGGGGACAAGAACAACACUCAGCUCAAUGCGUCGGGCUUCGUGAAGAUAAUCAGUAGCUGGUUGAGCCAAAUGCCGGCUGGCCAGACAGCAAACUGGGUGAUGGGUAACCACGAUCAGCGGAGAGUGGGAAGUCGCUACGGCGAGAACCGCAUCGACUUGAUGAACAUGCUGCAGAUGUUCCUGCCCGGCGUGAGCAUCACUUACCAGGGAGAGGAACUGGGAAUGACUGACCUGGACAUCAGCUGGGAGGACAGCCGGGAUCCUGCGGCCUGCAAUUCCAACUCGGAUAUUUACGAGCAGUUCACUCGCGAUCCCGCCAGGACUCCAUUCCAGUGGAGCGAUGAGGCAAACGCUGGGUUCUCCACUAACGCCACCACCUGGCUGCCAAUAAAUCCAAACCAUGUUACCGUAAAUGCAAAGGCGGAGAAUUCCACGAGUCCCAGCCAUUUGAGCUUGUACAAGCAGCUGGUGGAUCUACGAAAAUCCAAGACUCUGCGGUUUGGCGCCACUCGAUAUGCGAAUGUGGGCGACAAUGUGGUGGCCAUUAGGAGGUAUCUGAGCGGGGAGCCCACCUAUGUGCUGGUUGCCAAUGUGCUGGACACCAGUGUCUCUGGAAUAGACGUAGCCAGUGCCAUAUAUGCGACUGGAAGCUACAAAAUCAAGCUGCUCAAUCCGCAAGCCAAGGCCACAGUUGGUGAUAGCGUCACACUGAGCAACUUGAAGCUGGAGCCUUACGCAGCCCUGAUUUUGGAGUCUGUCUAGAGUUUACAUAAUCAUAAUCAUAAGUUUGAAGAAGAACAAUACGUAUACAUAAAGUACAUCGAUAAUGUCUUGCUAUAUGGGCGCAUAAGUCAUUCGCGCGAACGACAUUGCAAAACUUUUCAAUUUUAGGGUCGCGUGCUGGGCCAACUUAUUAUAAAUUAUUAAGGAACUUUGUCCUGGCUCAAGAGUCACAGUCGCGCCGAGGACUGCUGGUGGAGGCAAAGGAAAUUCCAUUAGACGUGAUUGAUAAGACACACAAAUCACGCAUACGCAGCGUUGCUGCCACGCAAACCAAAGGACCGCAGAAGGUGAUUCGGAAAUGAGGCAACCAUAAGCGAGCGUGCGUGGGCGUUGCCUGUGUGGGUGCCUGGGUGCGCUAGUGAGUAUAGCCUACGCACUUAAAAGCCAUAUGUAGAAGGACCCUGUUAAGCUUUUUAAUUUACUCAUAAAAAUUAAGUGAAAUUAUGGCAAAAACGACAAAAUCGCUAUUUUUAGUCAGCACGAGCAUAAUUUCUGAUAUACCAAAUCACUUUAAACUGUUGUGCACCAUCAUCAGGCCCAGUUGAAAACCCCAGAGCUCAUCACCUACAAUAGUUCUGUCAUCGGCACGCUGUUUGCGGCAUUAGCUGGCAACCCUUUCCCCAAAAACGUCAACAGUACCCAAAACAUCAUCCCGCAAAACAUCAGGUACGUGAGAGCCAUUCAAAUGAGCGAGUGCCGACAAGCCGUUGGUCGCCAGUUAUGAGCCAUGUUUGCGGUGCAAUUAAUGAGCGACCUGUGAUUAAAUUAACUUUCAGGCCUCACCUGGCCAGCUCUGCAGGUGGCACGUGCCAAAUCAGAAGCGAGGGAGCAGGGAGUGAGAGCAGCAGAGCAGC